CACGGCUUCAGAAUAAGAGGAUAGCAAGGCGAUGAGCGACUCGUUGCCCCCUGCCCCGAGUAUCACUACUACCAGCUUAGCAGGCUUCAGAGCUCGUUCAACAUGUCCAGCACUAGCAGCGCUGGAUGGAACACCCUGAACAUCCUCUCUGGAGCAAUUAGCUUCUUGACCAUCGUCUCUCUGAUCUGGGCGUUCGUCCGGGACCAACACCCCGAGACCAGGAUGAAGGAGUUGGAGUCCACUUUGAAGGACACCGAAGCACUCCUGCGGUCUCUUGUGGAAGAAGGAUUGCUCGAUCAUCAACGGCAUGUCCACCAUUUCGAAUCGCAUCUUAUAUUAUACCGUUCUCGGACGGAGUCAUUUCGUGAAGAAACCUGUAUCGCCAUAAUUGACUGGCGCAAAGUCCUCAAAGCAUGGCUCCAGGGGCUGUCAAAACGGAUCGCCACCCUUUCCAUGCAAGUCAAGCAAACUCGAGCCGAAAUUUGCGAGACCAGUGCCGAAGCGAGGUUGCAGUUAAUGCAGCAACUUCCGGCCAACGAGUCACCGACAUGGCAUACGAACAUCCUCAAGUUCUGGCGGCUUAUGAGAUCCUCACUGCGCAUAUGUUCUGCUACCAAGAGUGUAGAUGGACCCACCAGUACGGUAUCGGCCACUCCAGUGGCCGAUGCUACCGUAUCGCCCAUUGGAGACGGCACCAUGACGCUCAUGGUCGGGGAUUGUGCAUGUGCGCACGUUCCUUCCCCUUCCCCUUCACCGACGUGUGAGGCAUCAUCUCAACGCUCUCGGCCCUCUUCCCGUGUGCUGGAAAGGGGUAUAAUCGAUAACGGACACAGCGUGCGUACCGUGGUUUGUGGGCUCCGCCGCCUGGAUCGAGAACUGGCCGCGCAAGGAAUCGCGCACCCUCUCCUAACCGACCUCGUGCGAGCCACGAAGAAGUGGUCCCCUGCGUCAAGCCGGGCAUCCUAUCCCCGACGUUCACGCAGGAAGCGUAACUCUGUGUCUCGCGCAGACAAUGCGGUGAUUCUUUCGCCAUUAAUCAACGAGGCAGUUGCUGAGUCCGAAGAGCACUGGUUGGAGGAGGAUACGGUGUGCGAGGCAUAAUUCGCACACACCGCCUCGAAGGCCGCGUGCUACUCAUGACGUUAACCCGUUCCCGGGAUAGCGAGUUGAGCUUCGCACUGUUUGCGAAGUAUUUGUGAUACGUCCUCACCUCGUCGGCUCCUCGCGACAAUGUCCCCACAUGUCGGUUAUGUAUGCGGAAUUCUCUCGUCUCCUCUUCGCUUCGUCCUCUACCCAGUCUUCCCCUUCCUCAUACCGCUUCAUCCAUUCCAUCGUUUCACAUAUGUACUUUUCCUAUAUCUCCGACUUCCUCUUGUUCC